CGGCUUUGGUGGGAGCCGAACAGAACAUCAUGGCGAUUGAUGGUGGCGAGCGAAACUGUGGAGUACAUGAGCUGAUCUGCGUCAGAAAAGUGUCUCCAGAGGUGCUUGGGUUUCUGACUACAAUCGGACUCUUCAUCAUGCUCAUGACUCUCGUCUUCUGGUACCUCAACAACAAGUUGGCCCUGGAGAACUCAGGAAGACUUCAGUGCCUUGAUGAAUUCAGGAAAAAAGCAGAGCAGCAGAGCAAGGCCAACGAUGCUGAUCUUCAGGGCUCAUCUUCGGAUAGUGAGGAUGAACUAAUGGCUCAGUAUCAAGAAGCUAUAAGCCGUUCUCAAGGCCACAGAGGAGGAGCCAGGCCAGCUGCUAAUGAGAAACAUACAGAUGGUUUCAGCUGGCAUUGUCGGCACAAGUACAGCCCUGUUACUGCUGAUUAUGAUGGCUACAGCAGCGAAGCCUCAGCAGACAAUGCCAACUGCAUUCAGAGGAUGAGACAAACCCCCCCGUUGGAUGAGCUUCAGCCACCUCCUUAUCAGGAUGAGAAUGGCUCUCCGAGGAUGUCCUGUACGCUGUCGGACCUGGGAGACGCUAAGUGUUAUCUAUCCUACACCAGCGGAAGUCCCCACUUGUCCUUUGGCAAAUGCCCAAGUGAAGGCAGCGAAUGCCAUGAGACUGAGAGUUACCUCAACAAGGGCUAUGAGGAGGAUGUACCAAGUGACAGUACAGCUGUCCUCAGCCCAGAGGACUUGUCAGCCAGUGGAUCAGCCGCUCAGCUACCCAAAGCUUAUGAUCUAGAUCCACUUGCAAAAUAUGGCACUCUGGAUGUUGUGUUUGAUUAUGAAUGUGAGGAGCAGCAGCUAGCAGUCACAAUCAUGGCAGUAUCAGACCUUCCUUCCCUUAAACACACUGGAAACAUCUCUUGGAAGGUCCAUCUAGUGCUGCUGCCCACCAAGAAGCAGAGGGCAUGGACAGGAAUCCAGAGAGGCCCGUGUCCAAUCUUCACAGAGACCUUCAGAUUUAGCCAUGUGGAGUCAGAGAUGAUUAGCAAUUAUGCCAUCCGAUUCCGUCUUUAUAGUUUGCAGCGGAUGAAAAAAGAGAAGGUGCUUGGGGAAAAGGUCUUUUACCUCACCAAGCUCAACCUUCAGGGCAGAAUGUCCGUGCCCGUCAUAUUGGACCCAUGCUGUGCUCUUCUGGGUGGUGAAUCGCAGGUCAGCCUUUCAGAUAUGACGUGCAGCGAAAGCGCCUCAUCAUUCCAGUCAGUUAGUCAGAUUUCCACACCAGAGAUCCUUGUUGGCCUGCUGUAUAAUGCCACAACAGGACGUCUCUCUGUUGAGGUCAUCAAAGGUAUCCAUUUCAAAAAUCUGGCUGCCAACAAGCCACCCAAUGGGCUUUUCUGUUGUCUAAAACACUUGAUAGGUGGACAGGUUUAUAUUAUCAGAGAUACGUUUGUUAAACUGACCCUGCUGAACUCCAUGGGCCACGAGAUGUCCAAGUGUAAGACCUCCAUCUGUCGGGGUCAGCCCAACCCGACUUACAAAGAGACAUUCAUCUUCCAGGUGGCUCUUUUCCAGCUUUCCGAUGUCACACUCAUCUUUUCUGUCUACAACAAGCGCAGCAUGAAGCGCAAGGAAAUGAUUGGCUGGAUUUCGCUUGGACUCAACAGCUCCGGAGAGGAGGAGCUAGCCCACUGGACUCAGAUGAAGGAAUCUAAAGGACAGCAGGUUUGUCGCUGGCACAGCUUGUUGAAGUCCUAGCAAAAGAAAACGAAGAGAAUGAUAUGUAUAGGAUAACUACUCAGAGCAAUAGAUAGAGGAAGGAGACACAUGUCCAGGGUGUCAAUAAAAGGACAGCCAGAACUACAGUAAGUCUGCAGUCAGAGUUGUCCAUGUUGGCAUUGCAUCAGUAUUGCAUAUUGAUUUGACGUUCAGCUUACGAUGUGAUGUCCCUGUAACAAUCUUCAAAUUUCUAUCGCGAGCACUUUUAUCUUUUAAACUUGUUGAGCUGGGACUGCUGCCAAGAUUCUCC